UGCUGACUCGUUGCUUGUACAUUUUAUAACGCAAUAUUGCAAUCAUGUACCGAUUAAUUUUUAUGUUUCUCGCUGUAACCAGCGUUCGGUCCAUAAGAACAGCCUCGAAAGCGGGUACGCAGUCCGACUACACAAUUUUAAACACCACUUCGAUUACAAGUUUAGAUGCAGAAAACCAAAAAGUGACAUUUACGAUACAGUACAACUACGACGACAGUUAUUUGGAAGUAAAAGACUCAAUGUUAGACUAUGGAAAGUGGACCGAUAGCGGUUGUAAUGAGAUCACGGAUCCAAAUGGAUCGAAAAUCUCAAAAGAUAAUCCGCUGACCAUUCGAGCGUGCGGCCGUGCUAAUUCACCGACUGGUGUGGAUGGUUACAUAUUCCUGAGGAAGCAAGGCGAGACGAAAAAUGAUUACAAGGUGAAGUUCAUCGUGCCGUGGAUUGGUUCAGACACGUUUCUUGUGGAAUCUGUUAAAGACGAUCAGGUUGUAUCUUGUGUGAUACCUAAAAGAGGGGUCAGGUCGAUUCAAAGUUCUGUUCGCUGUAAACAAGUUAUAUAAUGUGCAACAUUACCGUAAUCGCAUUGUAUUAGUGUAGCCUUAGUGAAAAA